AUGAAUGCGACACCGGUGUCCCGUCUGGGCCAAUUGCCCAGCCUCCUGCGGGUGUGCGUGCGACAUGCCCACACCAGUUCCGCGCGCCCGGCCAAGGGUUUCCCAGCGCCCGAGGGCCACGGCGAGGAUAUCUGGGUCUUCACCCACCGAAGAUCGGACCAGAUCAUCUACAGCUUCGAGCCCAAGCUUAGCGGCUUCCAUGGCCUCAAGCAGCUCCCCUUCAACGGCAAGAAGACCAAGCCCGCUAAGCUCCGCAAGGACUACUGGUCCCCCUUCGCCCGCAUCUCCCUCCCUGCCGGCCAGGGCUCCGUCGGCCGCUCCGUCUUCCAGAAGCUGCGCGAGCUGAAGCACCUGCACGAGGUCGCCUGGGACGACGAGUUCCGCUACAAACCCACCGAAGAGUACACCCCCGCCGACAGGAAGCGGAUCGCUGAGGAGGAGAAGAAGGGCAACCCCGACUACCGCCCCAUCCGAACCAAGCAGGAGCGUGGCAUCGCCCUUAACCGCCAGAAGCCCAACGCCAUCGCCGACAUGGCUGCCGUGUUGAGCGGUCUGGGCCGCGGCAACAAGAUUGUGAAGACCGAGGCCACCGAGGGUGUAGAGCAAGAGCUCAUGGGGGUUACAGUGAGCUGGGCGAAUGACCAGGACCGACAGUACGCCGAAGAGUGGUCCAACAAUGUCACGCAUGGGAUGUUCGAGAAGCCCUCCUACGUCUCCGAAGCACCUGUGGAGGAGGAGAAGAAGGCUUGA